UUAUAACUGUCAAUAUCAUGUUUCACCCAUUUUCAGAAAAUGGUUUGUCCCUGUAUUAUCAGUGUAAUGUAGAGUUCACUAUAUGCAUAGCCUUUGUGUAGGUUGACUAUGGAUUUUUACUUCAGUGUGAUUUAAAAAGGAGUGUGGCUUAAACAGGACACAUAAUUCCGCUAUUUACAAGGUUAAAUGAAGUAUAUUUGGGUUAAUAUACUAACUUAAAGACUGUGUGGUGUAAGUCUUCAAAUAUACUCAUUCUGUACGUUGGGAAGGGAUCAUUCUAAUAGUGAAUACAAAACAUUUCAGAACAAAAGACAGUUCACAAUAUCUACUGUAAAAUGGCAACAUCUCUAGGAUCAGGUCAUAAUAGUUCAGAUUUAGUGAAGGACUAUGUUUGUGGAGGUUGUGAAAGUAGAAACAUUUAUGAAAGAGCAGAUUAUUUUUGUGCAACAUGUACAAAGUUUUUCUGCAGAAAAUGCAUUGAUCCUCAUGAUCAAAUAUAUGCAAACCAUUCCAAAUAUGGUAGAGGAGAAACAAAUAAAUGGCCUCUUACAAAAACAAUGGAGGAUUUGCUACUUAAAUGUGAUUUGCAUAAAGACAAGAAACUGAAAAUGUUUUGUCAGGACCACAGUCAGCUGUCUUGCACUGAUUGUGUUUUACUGAAUCACAGACAGUGCACAAAUGUGGCUCUAAUUUCUGAGUCAGCCAAAAACCUGUCAAUGGAUAUGCGACAGCUGUCAAACAAUCUGAAAACUAUUGUUGAUGAACUAAAUAAGUUUAAGAGUAAAAAAGAGGCCAGCAUUCAGUCCGUGGAGGUAUCAUGUAAUGCAAAACUGCAAGAAAUCCAAGACAUGCGAAAGAAACUAAAUGCUGCUUUGGAUGUACUAGAAAAUACAACAUUAAAAGAAUUGAAUGAACAUCGGACCACAAUGCAAACCUCUCUCAAGAAAGAUGUUGAAAACUGCAGCAGACUGAAGGAUGACUUGCAAAAACUCAGUGAAGCUGUAAAUGGCCUUUGUGAUAAGAGCAAGAAAGAACUUGAGUUCAUAGCCAGCAGGAAAUGUCUGGACAAAAUACAUGAGUCUGAGUCAUAUCUAAAGGAGAACCUCGUAAAUGUGCAGAGUUCAAUGAUAUUCAAAGCAAACACUGAUAUUGAGCAGUACCUGUCUAAACAGUCUAGACUAGGAAGGAUUUUAGACAGUAUGCAGUCUCUCACACUCAAGAUGAAUCCAGACCAGGUAUUAACUGUAAAGAGGAGAUUAGAGUACACUGUGAGCAUACCAAGCGACACAAGUCAGUCUUUCAGCAUCUUUGGCAUUUGCAUCAUGCCUAGUGACCAGGUCAUUGUUACAGAUUACCAUAAUAAAAAAGUGAAGCUGUUGAACCAGCAAUACAAUGUGUCCAGUCACUGUGAUGUGUCUGGUAUGCCAUGGGACAUUUGCCAAAUCACAUCCAGUGAGGUGGCUGUAACCUUAAAUAAAGAUGUGCAGUUUAUCUCUAUUAACAAUGGAAAUCUGGUGAGUAGGAGAAAGAUUUCAUUAAAGCAUGAUGUUUAUGGUAUUGCCCACCAUAAGGAAAAGUUGUAUAUCACCUCUGGCACUGCCCUGUACCACUACAAUAUGACUGGGACACUUGUGAAAAAGCUGUUUGAGGUUGCUGGAGGCUCCCAUACAGUGUUUUACUGUGCAGUGAGUCCUGCUGGAGACAAGAUCUAUGUCACCAACUACACACAGCACAAGCUCCUUACUCUGGCUACAGAUGGGACUCUGAUAUCUUCCUUUGAGCACCCUGAACUACAAAACCCCAGGGGUGUACACGUAACACCUGCAGGACAUGUAUUGGUCUGCGGACAAGGCUCCCAAACUGUCAUACAAGUGGAUCAUGAGGGAAAAAAGAAACUAGCAACUCUGGCUUCACAAAGAGAUGGACUCUGCCUACCAGCCUCUGUCUGCUACAACACCAACACUCACCAGUUGAUUGUGGGACUAUAUAAUCUUAACACUAAAAUCUUUGUUAUGGACUUGCAAUAGCUCUUCAAUUUGAUGAAAACAUUUACUUGAAACACUUUUAUAAACAUAAUUGCCCAUUUUUCUUUGAAUGACUAAUUCAGUAUCAGCAAUUUAUAUCUAGGUAAAGAAAAAACAUAUUCAUACAGUUUAAUUUUGUUAUGAACGAAUAAUAAUAAAAUUUUAUUUAAAAAUGAGUUGUUUCAAUGCUCGAAAGAUUGCACCAUUUUAAUUUUGAAUAUAUGACAACUGUCUAUAAUGUUGAUAUUGGUUAGUUCUUAAGUCAAGUUAUGUUAAGUAAUUAUUAAAAUGUAUUUACAUUUUAUUAUUUAUAAAUUCUGAUGUUUUUCAUAAUUCAUUAGUUAUUGUUCAGGAAGAAAUGUUUUAAUGUUAUUUAUACUUAAUCUUUUCUAAAAAAAAAUGUAUUUUGAUAUCUAUGCCAUAUUUGUAUGUGUGCUUUUGAUUGCCUAUUGAAGUCAAUAGUAUAUAUUUUUUUAUAUAUAUUGUUUAGUUAUAUAUAGUUAUAUAGUUAUAUAUAUAUAUAGUUAUAAUAUAUAUAUAUAUAUACCUCACAUAAACUACACAGGUCCGUUAUUUUGAAGAUGCACGCGCAUCUAUAAGUGCCUGCUAUGUUAGUUAUUUGUAACAUGUGUGCAAAUAAUCACGCAAAGAUUUUUCUUUAUAUACUUAGGGUAAACGCACAAUUUGUUUGGCAUUUUGGAGGAAAUAAAGAAUAUAUAUACUUAAGUUAUC